UGAGUUCCCGUCGACGAGUACCAGCAGCAUCAAUGGGAGACCUCCCCGAUCUCGCGCCUGCCCAGCUCGCCGGCCGCCGGGACAAGCUGGCGGCGCUGCUCGAGCUGGCCGCGGCGGACGACGCCGACGCGAUGAAGGACGCGCUGGCUGGGUCCGGCGCGGACCUAGCCGAUGAGGUCGGGCUCUGGUACGGCCGGAGCAAGGCGUACGAGCCGCGCACGCCGCUCAUGGUGGCGGCCACCUACGGCAGCGCGCGGGUGCUCGCGCUGCUGCUCAACCUCACCACCACCGUCGACGUAUCCCGCCGCCCCGGCACCGACGGCUUCACCGCGCUCCACUGCGCGGCGUCCGGCGGCUCCCGCAACGCCGUCCAGGUCGUCAAGCUGCUCAUCGCGGCCGGCGCCGACCCGGCCGCCCCGGACUCCGCCGGCCGCCUCCCCGCCGACGUCCUCCUCGCGCCUCCCGCUUCCCCAGACGCCCUAACCGACCUCGAGGCGCUCCUCGGCCGCCGCCGCCAGCCCCUCACCGUGGCCACCUCCGGCGCGUCCUCCCCGCCGCUCUCCUCCUCGCCGGACGACGAGGGCACCCCCCGGUCCCCGUCCUCGCGUUCGUCCUCACUCUCCCCCACCAUCACCAUCGACCGCGCCAAGAAGGAGUACCCGGUGGACCCGACGCUGCCGGACAUCAAGAGCAGCGUCUACGCCUCGGACGAGUUCCGCAUGUUCGCAUUCAAGGUGCGCCCCUGCUCCCGCGCCUACUCGCACGACUGGACCGAGUGCCCCUUCGUGCACCCGGGGGAGAACGCGCGCCGCCGCGACCCCAGCAAGCACCCCUACACCGCGGUGCCCUGCCCCAGCUUCCGCCGCCCCGGGGGCUGCCCCAGCGGCGACAACUGCGAGUACUCGCACGGCGUCUUCGAGAGCUGGCUCCACCCCACGCAGUACCGCACCAGGCUCUGCAAGGAGGGGGCCGCCUGCGCCCGCCGCAUCUGCUUCUUCGCGCACGACGAAGAUGAGCUCCGCCAUGUGCCGCACAAUACCGGCGCCGGCCUGCUCUCUCCCCGUGCUUCAUCUAUUGACAUGACUGCUGCUGCCGCUGCGCUUGGGUUCCUCCCAGGAUCUCCCAGGCACUUUGCGCCGCCUCCUGGGUCACCGUCUGCUGUCAACAACGCCGCAGCUAGCCCUGCGCACUGGAUGCAAGGCAGCAGGCUGCGUUCUUCUUUCAAUGCGAGGGAUGUGACCGCCGACGACCUCCUCGACUGGGAAUCGCAGUAUCUGCGGGCACUCUGCGUCCCACCCAGCAGCCGCGCGCAGCCCCGCUACACUACUGGCCUUAGCAUCAGGCCAACAGCAAUUGCCACCUCCACUCUCGAGGACAUGUAUGCUUCUGACAUGGCAAUGUCGCCAAGGUUCACUGACCAAGGACACUCCGCCUACUCGCCCGCCCACAAAUCAGCCAUCCUUAACAAGCUCCAUCAGCAGAAGGGUCUCCUUGCACCUGUCAACACCAACAGAAUGUACUCACCGAGGUCUCUUGAUCCUUCAGCUCUUGUCCAGUCUCCAAUUGGCGGCAUGUCUCCUCGCUCCCCUCGGGUUAUGGAGCCAACGUCCCCACUUAGUGCCCGUUUCGGAGCCACACAGCGUGACAUGUACGAGCAGUUUGCUUCUCUGAACAAGCAGCAGCUGCCAUCCGUGGGUUCGCCACGGAAUUCUAAUGCUUCAUGGGGCAAUGUGGGUUCUCCCAUGGGUAAGGUGGACUGGGGUUUCGACGGUGAGGAGCUCAAUCGCUUAAGAGGCCCUGAACAAUCAGGGUUUUUUGCAGAACAGGAGCCAGAUGUGGCAUGGGGGCAGUCACCAAACAGCAAGAGGGGUGGUGAAAUGCUGGGUAGGGCAGGCAGUAUAGCUUCUGCAUCGACAAACAGGCCUGACUGGAACAAUCAGUCUGAUUUGUUUGAUCAGACAGUAAAUGGUGCUUGGCUUGAGCAGCUGAACAUGGAUCAGAAGUGACUGUGACGGAGGCUGCCAAGUCCGCAAUUGACGAAACCAUCGUUUUGCAAGGUUAUCUACCCAAAGAAUAGUUGUUGGUCCUAGUAAAUAAUAAUUAUUCUUUUUCAUUCUUGAAUUUUUGGUGGCAAAGUCGGAGACGGUGGUGUUCAACAAAGCAUCCGUUGACAGAUUGGUAGCCGAAAGCAGUUCAGGAUAUUCAGUAAACAACUUCUUUACAUCAUCAGCGUCCUAACUAGUAUUCUUUUGAUUAGUUGAGACGGAUUUUAUUCUUUUCAUUUCCAUGGUAUUAUGAAGAGAUUUAUAGGCUCCACCAUGUUUUUUUUUUGUUUUGUUUUCAAGCUCUUGAAAAGAGAUUAGAAUUGUCCAUUCUUCAUCAAAGUGAAUGAAUUUGUGAUACCAUUGUUAAUUCCAGUAUAUUUGGCUCA